GCCGCACAAUCGUGCGUCCGAUUCACGAUUUAAAAAUAGCCCUCCUGAGCGUUGUUAAGCCCAGGCUUGAGCCGCGUGAAAUCAGUCCAGUUGAUCAGAUCUUGAGACGCCGAUCGUCAGUCCUCGAACCCACCAUGGUAUACGAAUCCGACUUCUACACGACCAGAAGGCCCUACCGCCCUUCGUACUCGACGUACAGCGUAUCGUCCGCCCCAUCAAGACAAGUAAGGAUUCUUCCCGGACUCGGUAAAGUUCAUGUGGUCCACACCUACGACCGCAUCGUACCAUAUGUGGGUCACAAAAGAUUGACCGUGGUAACGCUACCACCAAAAAUUUACUCAACACGGUCGUCCGUCCUACAAAGGGAGUAUGACUGGAUCGAAAAUAAAGUCCGGCCCUGGGUUGCCUAUUCCCCCACAAACCGUUACCUCAACUCUGACUCAGCUGUGAGAUACGUCUAUGUUCGCAAUCCAAUAACUGGCUUAAAGUAUCAUUCAGACUAUUAUCCGUCUCGAUAUUACAACUUUUAUCGAAUAAUUCGCCCGCUUUCGUAUUACGACGAUUACUGGCCGUUUUAUAGGCCGUUAAGUGCGUAUUACAGUUACUGGCCUAUUUCUCGUUCAGUUAGCUAUCUCGAUGAUAUUCCGCUUUAUCGUUCUCUUAGAUUACAGAGUAAAUACGAUUCUGGGCUGUAUUACCCUUAUUACCGGAACUGGUAUCAUUAUUACAACUAUUACAGAUAUUAUCGGCCCUUGAGUUAUUAUUAUCCUUAUUAUCACGAUUAUUAUUGGCCAGUUUGGAGAUAUAACAGGUAUUGGGACACUUAUUAUUGGUCUCCAAAACGAUCACACUAUUGGCUCAAAUAUCUUCCUAUUUCUUAUAGUUUGAACAAUUUAGCACCCUUUUAUGCCAAAUAUUUCCAACGUAUAUUUGACGACGAAACGAGGCUGAUUCGAGCUCAGACGGCGUCUCUCCUCAAACAGGUCCAUCAGCCGGUACCGAGAAUCAGAACCUGGCCCAUUACUCCGUUAAACAGAUUCGGCGAUUUCCCGUCGUUGCCGAUGAAAUACAGCAACGACACUUACAUUCACAGACUCUUGACUUAUUCCCCAAAUCACAAAAUACAAUACGCCACAUAUUACACGGAACCCGUUAAAAAAUACAUCGGUGCAGGUCAUCUAUCAUGUGUCUCGUACGCAGGGGACAAAGGCUACAGCCGCCGUCGUCCUCUGACCAUGUUUGAGGACGCUCUCAGGAAUGAUAUCCAGUUGUUGAGUUAUUACAUUACUAAGUUUCGAGAUGAGAAACAACAACCGAAAGAAAUUAAAGCACCUUUAUCGCCAGCUCGUCCUUCACGUAUUUUCUCAGUUCACAAGCCAAUGGAAGAUCCGGUCGCUCAAGAAAUUAAAGAUUUGCGUGAAGCACGGGCACAGCGUCUCGCUAAAAUCUACGCAUCUGAUGAUAAAACAACAGAUGAAGUAGAGAAAAGUCUGAAGGAAAAGAAAAGGAAAGAAGAAGCGAGAGCAAUUGCUGAAGAGCAAGCGAAGAAGGAAGCCGAAGCGGCCAGAAAAGCAGAAAUAGCUCGUCAAGAACAGCUUGCAGCUCAACUCGCCGCAGAACGUGCAGCAGAAUUAGAGAGGCAGGCGGAACAAGCACGUCAGGAAGAACUGGCCAAACAAGCUGAGAUUGAGCGAAUGAAGAGAGAGGAGGAGGAAAGGGCGCGCUUGGAGGAACAGCGCCGACUUGAGGAAGAAGCCAAAGCUGAAGAAGAGCGCCAGCAACUGCUCCGUUUGGAGGAAAUCGCUAGACAAGCCGAGGAGGAAAAAGAGCGAGAGUUGGCGAGACAAGCCGAAGAACUGGCGGAGUUAGCGAGACAAGAGGCCGAACGAGCGGAGCAGGAACGUCUCGAAAGGGAACAAAAGGAGAAGGAACAGAAGGAAGCAGAACUUGCAGAACUGGCGAGACAGGAAACCGAACUGGCCGAACUGGAAAGACAGGAAAAGGAGCUGGCGGAACUGGCGGCGAAAGCGCAAGAAGAACUGGCCGCCAAUGAAGAAGAGGAAGAAAAGACUGAAGAACAAGCUGAACCGGUCGUUGAUGAACCUGAAGCUGAAGCACAAGAAGAAGAACCGGCUGAAGUCGAGCCGGAAGACGAGCCUGAAGCCGAAGCAGAAGCCGAUGAAUAAACCCAGUUUAAACAAUUUCUCAUUUCUAACACACAUUCCAAACUGUCGUGACUCAAGCAUUUUGUUGCCAAUUUCACGAUAGUCUGGAAUGAAAAAACGUAACAAUUGUUCCUGUGGAAUUUUUCGGAUUGCUCCUUAAUCACACUUCUUUCACUUCCACUGAUAAAUUUAUUCCAAUCUUGUUCGUUUCUUGCAACUGUGUACUAAGAAUAAAAUACUGUUGAACCAA